GAACGUCGACCAAUAGGAAAUGCAGUUAUACUUGUACUGUGUUGCUGCUGUGCGCGUACAUGAACGUUGCUGCUGUGGAAAUCCUUGUGUGUGACAUCAGACCAAUGACCUCAUCGACAAGAGAUAGCAGUCCGUGCCCAUCAUUAUAUGGAUAAGAGAUUGAGGAUCGAAUGAGUAAUGGACAGGUUUCUUACAUCAAUAUGGAGGUGCCUGUUUUAUCGACGCAGUGAGGGGGAAUACUGCUUGCCUUGUCUAGUAGCUGAAAGUAGCUGACAUAGUUGAUGUGAUUGUUAACGAGUGAACUAAGGUUGUUCUCAGAGGAGAGGGUACGUAGGAACCAUGGGGGCGUUUCUUGACAAGCCAAAGAUGGAGAAAGAGAACGAGAUCGGCUGCGGCAAUGGCUUACGGUUUGCUCUCUGCAGCAUGCAAGGCUGGCGAGUGGAGAUGGAAGACGCCCACACCGCUGUCAUAGGCUUGCCCUUUGGCCUGAAAGACUGGUCAUUCUUUGCCGUCUACGAUGGCCACGCAGGCUCCAAAGUCGCCAAAUACUGCGCCAAAAAUUUGCUGGAGGAAAUCACUUCAAAUAAGGAGUUUAAAGGCUCGGACAAGCCGGGUCCUGGUUUCCAUCCGACGGAAGACAAUGUUAAAAUGGGAUUGCGGACUGGUUUCCUCAACAUAGAUAAGAAGAUGAGAGACAUACUGGCGAGAGAUAACGACAAGAGUGGAUCCACGGCUGUUGGGUGUAUCAUCUCACCAAAGCACAUUUUCUUUGCUAAUUGUGGGGAUUCUCGCGCCGUGUUAAGUCGCAGCGGGGGCGUGUGCUUCUCCACGGAGGACCACAAGCCCAGUAAGCAGAAUGAAAAGAAUCGCAUCGAGAAAGCCGGCGGAACUGUCAUGAUCCAGCGAGUCAACGGAUCACUAGCGGUGUCCAGGGCCUUAGGAGACUAUGAAUACAAGAGUAAUUUUGGAAUGGGUUCGACAGAGCAACUUGUCUCGCCGGAGCCCGACAUUAAAGUAAUACCCCGGCAAGCCGAUGAUGAAUUCAUUGUUCUUGCUUGCGAUGGAGUCUGGGACGUCAUGAGUAACGAUGAGGUGUGUCACUUCAUACGGUCACGGCUAGAACUCACCGACAAUCUGAAGGAGGUCUGUAACAUGGUGGUGGACACCUGCCUAUGCAAGGGGAGCCGCGAUAACAUGAGUAUUAUAAUCGUCACGUUUGAGAACGCACCCAAGGUGUCGGACCAGGCCCUGUCCAAGGAGGCAGAGUUAGAUCAACUAUUGGAAGCCAAAACAAAAGAGAUAAUGGACAGUUUUGGUGAGCGGGUCGGCAUUGAUUUGGUGAUGCAUGUCAUGACCACAACAGAAAUUGAGGGGCUACCACCGGGCGGAGGGAUACAAGCAAAGAAAUCCACCAUUGAAGCUAUUGUGAACAGACUAAAUUCCGACCAAAAGCAGGACGAGGAGGCCUCAGAUGAUGCAUGGUAGGCCGCCUAAUCGGUAGCUGGCAGACAAGCAUGUAGAUUUAUAACGACUUGAGGAAUUAGCGUAAUGUCCAGCCCAUAUGAUACUGAUGGGUCAAGAUUUAUUCUGUAACGUGGAACUGGUGAGCAUUGAGUUUCAAGUAACUUCACCUCUCCAUGCAGAAACUCUGAAGAACCAAUGUGAUGUUUCUCAGUUGCACCCAGGCCUGUUGGAGCACCACUUGGCGAACGUGUGAAUGAAAGUUGUCAAGACGUAUUGACCUCUGGGCUACCUUCCAGACGUCAAGAAGACUGGGAUGAAAACGGACAGCGUUGUUUUGUUGUCACUGCAUUCUGUGAGUACAUGUACAAGCAAAGAAUGAGACAUCUCCGCUGACCCACAUAAACUUGUAUACCUAACCACAAGAAAACCUAGAUGGUUUUCGUGUGGUAGCAAUGGUCGUGCUCAUCACGAGAGUUACCACAAGAGUGGCUUGAGACUUGUACAUAUUUUGAUCUGGGCCACACCUAGAUGACGUAUACUUAGUUUGCACCGUUUAUUCUAUUAUAGUGUCGAGCAUUGUGAGAAUACGAGCAUGUGCACUGUAAUGAGCCAUACGCCUGCUGUGUUUAUCCACUUGUGUAGAAAAAAUGUGUUUUUUUUAAUACUAACAAGCAUGUGUGAAUAAAAUUCAAACAUUAAAAAAAUUGUUUUUAUAAAGUUAAGGGCAAAUGUUUGUAGUGAAAAUAUAGGAAGUUUUUUUUUUGGUUUGAUUUAUCCCUCCCUUGCAUAAGGAAAAAAAUGGUAAAAAGUUGAAUUUUAAUGCGCAAUAUUUUGUUAAUACGCCUUAAAGGUAAGAAAGAUUGUUUUAAUCUAAACAAAUUGAAUUUAAAAAGAAAUAAUGAAGUGACCCAUUUCUGUACAAUAGUAGUAUUGUUAGGGUGUAUCUACAUGUAUGUACAUGAUGAACUUCGUUAUACAGUCAUUAGUGUGAUUGUCAUCACACAACAGGCACCAGACCGUUAUUGGUAUCAGUCUCGGACUGUGUUUGACUGGUUCAUAUAUACCUGCGCACCAUUGUUAUUUAUACUAAAGCUUCAUCCAAAAAGAU